AUGCAAUGGAACCUCAUCGAUCUGGAUGUGUCUGAGCUCACCUGUGACAGUCCAGAUCCUUCUCCAAGCUGUUAUGAAUUUCACAAAGCAGAAUUGCUGCUGUACGUCGUCGCUAAGUUAACUCCCGUCCCCCCUCCCCACUUUCCAUCGCCACCCCACUACCAGAUGUAUCAGGAAGGGGGGCCCGAGACCCCCGGGGGCGCAGGUGGGUGUGGGGGCGGCGUGCCGGGCGCGGGGGUGGCGGUGCGUGCGCCAAGCCGAGCGCCGGCCGGAGGCGUGCGGCCGCGCGGGGUUCCGUGCGCCGAGUGUCUACGUCCGUGUGCGCGCCCCUGCGGCGCGGUGGAGCGCUGGCCGGGCCGCUCCUGGCCGGGUCUCGCGGCGCCAGAGCCCGCCACCCGCCCGCCCGGGGGCACGGGAAGCCGGGGGCCGAGGAGAGCUGUUCCGGCGAGGCCGGCCGCGACGCGCGCACACGCACAAGCCGCCGCGGGGCUCGGCCGGCUCGGCGGCCGCGCGGGGGGCGGGCCGAGGGCGGGCCGGGAGGGGGCCGAGGGCGCGCCGCUGUCCGGCGCUGGGCGGCUGCCUGCAGCCGCCGCGGGGGACCGCACGCAGCUCGCCACCUCGGGGUGGGCGGCGGCGGGGCGCCGGGGCGGCGGCACUGAGCGAGCUGGGACCCCGCACUCUCGCACGGACUUGGAGGGAUCCGGCGGGAGGAGUCUGCGAGGAGGAGGCGGAGGAGGAGGAGGAGGGAGAGAGGAGAGAGGAAGACCGGAGUCCCCGCGGCGGCGGCGGCGGCGGCGGUGGCGGUCCGGGGUGAGGGUGAGCCCUGCGCGGCGCGGGCACCGGGCGCUACCACGAGGCCGGGACGCUGGACCCUGGGGUGUAGGAAUAGAAACUCUGAGAAUGGUGGACUCUGCAGAAAAGAGGAGUGUGAUUGUGUUUCCGGAACAGCCCAAGGCUCUAGAAGUAGAGCGCUCCCGGGGACAUCGGGGCACUCACCCUCCUCAACACUGAAGAGGGGACGCAGUCAUUCUAGGUCAACCCCUUCCUUUUCUGACAGAUGAGAGAUUUAAUCCACGCAACGGAAGAUCACUUAACCCCAUCGCCAUUUAAUUAGUGACAGACACCAAGCUAGGGGGCUCUGUCUCUUGGCCCCUACGAAGGCUCUUUCCAUUUCACCGCCCCCCAACCCCCACUUUUCCUCCAAAAGCUUCAGAACAGCUCUGAGGCCAGAACGUGACUUCCUUGGUGACCGACGGCAGUGAAGUGGGCGGGAACCUCCCAGAAGGCUAGAGGAGGAAGUCGAGUCCUGGGGCUCACAGCCUGCCUGACCCCUGGAGAGGGGGACCCCCCACCCUGCCUGGGCCUCUUUGCUGGCCGGGGGGCGGGUGGUGGUGCCCCUUUUGGUAACUCGGGGAGUUAGAAGUGUGUGUGUGUGUGUGUGUGUGUGUGUGUGUGUGUGUGUGUAUUUCCAGCUGUGGAAUGUCCAAGCAAAAGUAGAUUAAAGUAAAAAGGAAUAUGCUAGCUUUAGGAUUCUAUCCUGGAUGGGAUAGAGUCCUUCCAUGGCAAAUCAUUUCAAUAUCAGCACAGAAUUUUCAGGGGAGUUUAUCUUGAAAAGUGAAACACGCUAAUGGAAGUUUUCUAACAUCAUAAAAUCUUGGGAAUCGUUCACUCUGUUUGCUUGGGUUUCAAAAUCACUACUGACUGGAGCAGCUGUUUUUCCCUUCCAAGGGUCCAUUUUCCGAAAUGAGGCUAAAAUAUCUGGACAGCCUUUCCCUUGGGUACCAUGGAAUGUUGAGAAUAUGAAUGGCCUCUUAGUAGAGUUGGAGCUCCAAAGGGAAGUAGUAGGACCAUGAAAGGUCCUUUAAAAACAAAACUCUCCUUUUUAAAAAAUCAUAAAAAUAAUUAGUACUCAUUGUGGAAAAGUUAGAUUUUUUUUUUCAGAAUCAGAAAGAAGAAAAAGAAUUGGAACCCCAUGCCCAGAAAACUGUUAACAAUUUCAUGUAUAGCAUUAUAUGUAAUCAGACUGAACACACUGCUUUUUUCCUUGAACCACCUCUUUUCCUUGAAUAAAAUAUCAUGACAUGCCACUAAA